GAUUUGUGAAAGAAAGCUCACAGCAGUUAACAUGAUUGAAGUCAUGGAAGAAGCUGACAUCUCGUUAGCAUGUAUUGAAACGAGUAACACAGAUGCAUGGCCAGCAAGUGAUUACAAAAAUCACCUCAAACAGGAACCUCCCAUAAGAUUAGGCAAAGCAUCUCCAACAGCAGUUGAAGAUCAUGAAGAUAUAGAUGAGUUGGCUUACUUAGAUUGUCAUGCUAGUGUUUCAUGUACAGGGAAGACCACAACCAAUAGAGAGACUUUUAGAAAUGGGAUCAAAGUACAUCCUCCUGAAACAUCUGACAAGAAGUUGUGUAUGCAGUCAAAUUCAAAUGCCAGUACAAUCAUGACCGGGAAAGAACAGUUUGAGGAUAUUGGAGAUAGCAAUAUACAUGAUAAAGAGCAUUAUAGCGAAAAGAAAGAUAAAGUGACCAAUAGAAAAGUGUGUGAGGUUUCUAAAUGCCUAAAAGGCAUUUCAUUACGACAUGUGCUGAUAUUUGUAUUUACAAUUAUUGCUGCAUGUUGCUUAAACUCUGAUGCUACAGUCAGAAGAACUAAAAGAUCUAAUAAAGUUAAAUGGAAAGCUUCUCUGCCGCUUGAGUUUGGGAAGACAGUUAGGCUAUCAUGUUGUACAAAUUACAAGAAAUACCUGGGUAAAACCUGGAAAUUCACUGGUGGACCUGACAAUGAAGUUUUGGCUUUCGGCAAUACUUCGUCAAAUAUUUCUAAAUAUGGCAUUCAGAGGCAGAAAAAUGGUUUUGCCUUACUGAUAUAUAAUUUAACUCAAAGUGACACAAACCACCUGUAUACCUGCUCAUUUGGUCAUUAUAAUUCAUUGAGCAAACCAUUGGUUGCCAAUGAUGACAAUACAUUAGCUCCACCAAACGUAACUAUUUCUCAGUCUUCAUACGAUGUUAACAUUGGAAGCUCUGUGACUUUGUUGAGUAACAUAACCUCAGACCUGGUAUUCUAUGAUGUUUACUGGACAAAAAAGACUGGACAUGAUAAUGUAACUUCAGAAGUUAUUAACUCCAGUUUAAUAAUGAAAUACAGUGGUGGAAAUUACAACACAUCAUCUCUGACCAUUUUGAUAACAGACGAAAAUGACACAGGAGUCUACACAUGUAAUGCUAGAAAUGAAUAUGGGACUGGGACAAGUUCUUACAUAACACUAACAGUCAUUGACCUCAAUGUUGUUGGAAACACCAAAGCUGGGCUAGCAGUAGGUGUAACAUGUGUAGGGUUGUCAGCAAUUAUAGUAUUGAUUAUUUAUAUAUAUAAAAGUGGAAAAUGCCCAAAUUUGAGGAAUAAAAAGAAUGAGGGAAACCAUGAUCAAUCUGGUAUUCGAAUGUUAGAAAAUAAUGAGAACCCUUAAGUAAUAAGAUGUUUUGAUCAGUGCUGUGAUAUAUCCAGUGUCUAAAGUAGCUUUUAUACAAAGAUAUAACAUAUUGAAUGUAACUAUUAUUUCUAAUUCAACACAACAGAGACCUUCAACAGUUCUUUAAUUGGAUAGCCAUAUCAAUUUCUCAAUUAUCGUCAAUUUGUUUAAAUGUUUUCUUAUUUUUUUUUAUGACUUUAAUUAAGUAUGAAAAUUCUAAUGCAUAUAGGGAAUUGAGUGAAGAAUGGCAGUAUUUCCUUUACUGACUAGGUUAAAGCACUUCAGAUUUUUUUAAGAAUACAAUCAGGCAUUAUGUGU